AUGGCGCCUACAUCGGUGCAGCAUCACCACCGUUCCACGACCAAGACUUCCAACAAGCCUUACAAAACUGGCCAUGCUUCGAAGCGCGCGCUGAAGGACCAGGCUAAAGGCAAGGUCGAAAGAGGAGAGCGGGGUACUCGCAAGACCCCUCACCAGCAACUCAUGUCGAAACUUGACCGAAGGAACCAGGCUCGCCAGAAGCAGCAAAAUAAGCAGCAGGAAAGGGCUCAGGCUACGAGCAUUUUUUCCGGUCAGAAUGGGGCCCCGCGCCACGUUGCCAUUGUUCCGCUCUCAACCGAUAUCGAUACUACCGCUAUUAUCAAGUCGCUAAACGAAAGCGUCGAUGUUUCGAGCGAAGUCUUCCCGGAUACCAUCUCCCGCGUUCGAGUUGAUCGAUUCCGACAGAACUUGCAGUAUAUCCCCGCCAAGUAUGACCUGAUGAGCGCCUUGGAUGCUUGCCGGAUGGCGGAUUUCGUCGUGGUCGCAGUUUCCGCACAUGUCGAGGUGGAGGAGCAGGGUGAGCUGUUGUUGAGGUCCAUUGAGGGUCAGGGUAUCUCGAACGUUCUGGCGGUGGUACAGGGCCUCGAUAAGAUCAACCCUCCCAAGAAACGCCCUCAAGUGGCCGGCUCCCUUAAGUCCUUUUUGAACCAUUUCUUCCCAGCCGUCGACAAGGUGCUUUCUAUCGACUCGCGACAGGAGUGCUCAAAUACCAUUCGAUCUCUAUGCACUGCGACACCCAAGGGAAUCCGCUGGCGCGAUGACCGAAGCUGGAUGCUUAUCGAGGAUAUCAAGUGGCCCGAAAGCGCCUCAGCCGAAGUGGACAAUGUGGUCCUUACUGGUGUUGUUCGUGGAAAGGGUUUAAAGGCGGACCGCCUGGUCCAUGUCCCUGGCUGGGGCGAUUUCCAGAUCGACGCUAUCACCGCUGCCUCACUACCCACUGCGCGAUCUAAGCGGGAUGAUGCUAUGAACGUUGAUGAGACUGAGGCGCUUCAAUUGUUGGAUGGCCCGUCUGCGGACCGAGACGAUCUGGCCAUUGUUGCACCAGAGGAGAUCGAGAUGGAGGAUGACGUCGAGUCGAUGCCAGACACAGAGAGGAAGGGUGUGCUUCUGGAUGACCACCACUACUUCUCUGAUGAUGACGACCACAUUCCGGCCAAACCCAAGAAAUUGCCAAAGGGUACCUCCGAGUAUCAGUCUCACUGGUUCUUGGAUGAUGUAUCAGACUCUGGGUCUGACAUCGCGGAUGAAGACGAGGAUGAGGAGAUGGACAUGGACAUCUCUGGUGCUCCCGAAGACGGCGUAUUCCCUGACAACCGCGACGCAAUGACAGAAGGCGGACCUUCUGAAUACCCUCAAUCAGAGAUGUUCCUCGAUCCCUCACCCGAGGACGAGGCGCAACAACUGGAAGAGUACAGACGCAGCCGCAGGAACGAAGCCGAUGAUGACCUCGAAUUCCCUGACGAGAUCGAACUUCACCCCAACGUUCUCGCUCGCGAGCGUUUGGCUAGAUACCGAGGAAUGAAGAGCCUCAAGACUAGCCCCUGGAACACGGCAGAGGACCGACCACACGAACCCGAGGACUGGCGCCGACUCCUCCAAUUUGGCGACUACAAGGGAUCCAAGAACAGGAUCCUCAGAGAGGCCCUCGUCGGCGGCGUUAACCCAGGCAACCGCGUGGACGUUCACCUUCGCGCAGUUCCUGCCUCGCUCCGCAACAAACCUCAGCCCCUUUCUCUCUUCUCUCUUCUCCGCCACGAGCACAAGCACACCGUCGUCAACAUCAACAUGCACCUCAACGCCGCCGUCGAAGAGCCCCUUAAAUCCAAGCAGGAGCUCAUCGUUCAAUACGGCCCGCGCCGCCUGGUUGUCAACCCCGUUUUCUCCUCCGCAGACAAUACCCCCAACAACGUCCACAAAUUCGACCGCUUCCUGCACCCCGGCCGCAGCGCGAUCGCCACCUGGAUCGGCCCGCUAACAUGGGGCUCCGUGCCUGUCCUCGUCUUCAAGCCCCGCAAGACCCCCGCUGAUCCCGAAAUCCUCGACUCCGCCGACGCCCCUGAACUCACAACAGCCGCAAACGUCUCGACGUCGUCCCUCGAGCUCAUCGGCACAGGCACAGUCGUGGCUCCCGACCUAAGCCGUGUCGUCGCCAAGCGCGCAAUCAUCACCGGCCACCCGUACAAGAUCCACAAGCGCGUCGUUACGGUGCGCUACAUGUUCUUCAAUUCCGAGGACGUCAACUGGUUCAAGGCUCUGCAGCUUUGGACUAGGCGUGGACGCAGUGGGUUCAUUAAGGAGAGUCUCGGUACGCAUGGCUACUUCAAGUGUACCUUUGAUGGCAAGCUCAACCCGCAGGAUUCGGUGGGCAUCAGUUUGUACAAGCGUGUGUUCCCGCGGAAAGCAAGGGGGUUGGAGGAGAUGGUCUGA